AUGAAUUUUGGUGACACACUCUCGGGUGCUGAAUAUUUAGCAUCUAUCUAUGGUACCGAAAAAGAUAAAGUCAACUGCUCCUUCUUCUUCAAGACUGGAGCUUGCCGGCACGGUGACAAGUGUUCCCGAGCCCAUCACACUCCAACAUUCUCGCCUACAAUUUUGCUCAAGAAUUUCUAUCACAAUCCCGUUGUAGACGUACGACAAGCGGAUGCGUUUGACAAGGUUGGAAGGAAAAACGAGGAAGAACAGAGAUAUUUCGAUGAGUUUUACGAAGAAGUUUUCACGGAACUUGAAAGAAAGUAUGGUGAAGUGGAGGAAAUUAAUGUGUGCGAAAACAUUGGCGAGCACAUGGUGGGCAACGUCUACGUGAAGUUUGUGCGGGAGGAAGAUGCGGACAGAGCUUGUCGUGAUCUCAACGACAAUCGUUGGUUCAAUGGAGCUCCAAUUUACGCGGAAUUGUGUCCGGUAACAGACUUUCGUGAGUCUCGUUGUCGCCAACAUGAAGUGAUUACCUGCUCCAAGGGAGGAUUCUGCAAUUUUAUGCAUCUCAAAGCAAUCAGUCCUGCCCUUGGAGAGAAGUUGUUUGGAAGGCGUGGAAGACGUGCCGAUUCGGCAGGCCACUAUCCAUCUCUUCGUGGAGUCUCAGGUGGCGGUGGUGGUCGUGAUCGAGACCGCCAUGAAAGGGAGCGACGACGAGAUAGAUCUCCUUACAGGGAAAGAAGACGCAGUCGUGAUCGAGAUCGCAGACGUUAUUGA